UGUCGAGGAGAUGUAGCCGUCGCGGUUGAACCGUGAACUUGGCGAAGUGCAGGUCGUGUAGACGCUCCCACGGUGUCGUGCGAAUCUCGGAGUGUGAUGCGAACGCGUUGAGCCGGGUGCGUGCCGUGUGUCCCGUGGUGUCCUGUGUCCCGUGUCCCGUGUGUCGGCGCGAUGGUGUGUUCGGAGAGCAUAGUGCGGUGCCUGACUUACUUCCAAGUGAUCUCGCUCGUUUAUCGGCUGGCCUCGGCCCAGAGCAAUAAUCGGGCGACGUACACGACCAAGUACGAUUAUAUCAACGUGGAUGCUGUGAUGAAGAACGAGAGGAUCCUCAAGAUGCUUGUCGAGUGCAUGCUGGAGCGUGGUCGUUGCACCCGGGAGGGACUCGAGUUGAAAGCGGCUGUUCCGGAUGCAUUGGCAACAGACUGCGCAAAGUGCAGCCAGAUGCAGCGAAAGCACGCGAGCCGCGUGAUAGCGUACCUGAUCACGUACAAGAAGGAGUACUGGAACGCACUGGCCACGAAAUACGACCCCGACGGUAGCUACAGGCGAAAGUACGGUAUCCCCCCGCAGCCCCAGGAACUAUCCGCAGGGGCCGCCAUCCAGCCCAGUCCGAACCUGAUCAAACCGACGAAGACGGUCAAGAAAACCGUGACGACGGUCAACAACACGAACAACCUCUUCAAGGCGAAGAAGAGGAUGACCCGCGAGGAGAAGAAGGAGAUGGUCCGGAGGAGGUUCCCCCAGCUCCAUUUCAUGCCGAACAUGUGGGCGUCCAACAUCCAGAAGAUCGAGAAGAAGAGCGAGCGAGCGCCGUCCAUUGCGAGGAGGAAUGUUCGGAGGAAAGCUCAUACGCCGACCAGGAGGCACAGUACCCAGAGAACGGCGCCGAAACGAGGCCAGGAGACUGGUUGAUCACCUAGGUUCGGCGGGUUGACGCCUGCCCUCUAGUUGAAAUUUUGUUUAUUUAUCUGUUUAAAUAGGAGGGUUUGGAAUGACGUAAACACUGUGAAUGAGGGGUCAUUAUUACCUUCAGUCAAAAGUGACGGCUCCAUACACGUAGCAGGAAAACCCGUUCGUUCCCGUUCAGCGAGAAGCAGAAGCAGACAUGACCAAUAUACUCAUCGUGUGCCAACCAAGGAAAGUCUUGAGUUCCCUUCAUUACGCGUCAAGAAAGCUUUCAGAGGUGGUUCAAGCAGCAGCAGACCUACUCAAACAGCCAUUUCUCACAAUCCCCAGUGCCAAAAAAUGUCAAAAUGUAUAAAUUAAUGUUAAGUUUAGAAGUUAAGAAGUAAUGAUACUUCCCGUGAUAAAUACCUUGAAACUUCCAGUUAGAAAGAUAGUGGAAUGCGAACGGUCGUAGCAUACGUUACGUUUUUUAGAGAGUUUUAUCCUUCAUAGAAAAGCUACUGUGAUAAGCUACAUACUUUGUGAUAUUUAAUAUCAUCAAAUUGUCUGUAGAAUAGGGUGUAGAGAGGAGUUGACCAAUUUUUAACGAGAAGUCUACGACCAUUUUCUUGUAAAAGACAAAAGCUCUGAAAAGUAGCAAUAAGAAAUUUAAUAAUUCUGCGCUCGGCGGUGCAUACUUAAAAGAUGAUCGAUUAAAUAUAAAUAAUCUUAAGAAAUAAUCAAUUAAGUAUGAAUAAUGAACAGAAUGUCCCCAUCUUUUGCUGCAACCACAUUUAUUCAAAGAUUUGUAUGUUUAUUUUUGAGUUAGAAAUGGUUCAGUUCUGGGUACAUUCAUCACAUUUUCAUAAUUCCUACUUUUACCUAACACUAUGAAAAAAAUUGUAAUUCUGAGAGCCACAGUAUAGAUGUUCCAUAUGAACUCUAAAUGACUGGAAGUUAUAGAACCAAUGAACUACCUUGAGAGAAAAAGGGGCCUUGUUCCUUAAAGAAAGAAAUAGUUGCGAUAAGUAAAUAUCUCUUCUUGAUAGAUAUUGUGAAAACCAUAUUAUGGGUGUAGCUUUUGUAUAAAGAUCCGUGCUUUUGGAGCAUAAAUGAUUGUGAUGGUUUAAGAGAAAGAGAGUGAAAGAGUUUAUCGCAAUAAAUCCCAUUCUUUGAUUUAAUGCGGAUAAACCAUGCAUGGAGAAAACCAGCAGGGGCAUCCAGUGAAUAUUUUUCACAAAGGAGCUGUCCUAGGUGCAUCUAUUAUUUCAAAAAGCAAGGCUUUCUUGAGA